AUAUAGCAGGUUGAAAUCCUAAAGAUUGUACACGGAGAAGAUGCGCCUGAGCAGCCGGCACGGACCUCUUGCAUGAUUUCAUUGUGUUAGAUUUUCGCAUUCUUUUAGCACAUUUUUGCUGCCAAAUUUGUAUUUAAUGUAUCAAUGUAAACGCUGCAAUUGCGUAAGUAAUUGGUUAUAACAGGAGAAUACGAUAGCUGCACGGCCUUGGGCAACACACAGCACCGGAUGUCAUUACUCGCUCUUAAAUCUCGAGAAGUGUAAUCAGGACCGACGCCAGAGCCAUGGAAGUUGCAACUCACUUUAUGAAUGACACAGUAGAGUUCUACAGAUGGAGCCUUACCAUAGCAGACAAGAGGGUAGAGAAAUGGCCGAUGAUGUCAUCGCCCCUCCCCACCCUGGCCAUCAGCUGCCUGUACCUGCUCUUCCUGUGGGCGGGGCCUAGAUACAUGCAGGAUCGCGAGCCCUUCCAGCUGAGGAAGACCCUCAUAGUGUACAACUUCAGCAUGGUGGUCCUCAACUUUUACAUAGCCAAAGAGCUCCUUAUAGGCUCCAGGUCAGCAGGAUACAACUACCUCUGUCAGCCCGUCAGCUACUCCAAUGAUGUCAACGAAGUUAGGAUAGCUUCUGCUUUGUGGUGGUACUACAUCUCCAAGGGGGUGGAGUUCCUGGACACGGUAUUCUUCAUCCUGAGGAAGAAGUUUAACCAGGUCAGCUUCCUGCACGUCUACCACCACUGCACCAUGUUCAUCCUCUGGUGGAUCGGCAUCAAGUGGGUCCCCGGUGGACAGUCCUUCUUCGGCGCAACCAUCAACGCCUCCAUCCAUGUCCUGAUGUACCUGUACUACGCCCUGGCUGCCUUUGGACCUAAGAUCCAGAAGUACCUGUGGUGGAAGAAAUACCUCACUAUCAUUCAGAUGAUCCAGUUCCACGUGACCAUCGGCCACGCCGGCCACUCCCUCUACAAGGGCUGCCCCUUCCCCGCUUGGAUGCAGUGGGCUCUGAUCGGCUAUGCAGUUACCUUCAUCAUCCUGUUCGCCAACUUUUACUACCACGCUUACCGUCGCCAGCCACGCUCUGCCAAGGGAGGCAAGCCUGUUGCCAACGGCAUUUCCACGGCAACCAACGGCCACGGCAAGAUGGAGGAGGUGGAGGAGAACGGGAAGAGGCAGAAGAAGGGAAGAGCGAAGAGGGAGUAAAGAAAGAGGUGGAUGGAGAGAGGGAGUCUCUCCUCAAACAACAGGUGGACUGUUGGUUGAAAGAGCGAGGGAUAGAAUGAAUGGGGGUUUGUACAACCCAGCAGAAUGCUUUGAAACAAAAAAGCUGAUUUGUUACCAACUCGUACAGUGUAAAGGAUAGCAGCAAUGUGUGUGUGUUUAUGUGUUUGUGUGUGUGCAUGAGCGGCGGUGGGGGAGGGGUGUACAAUGGGGUGAGGGUAGGAGGGGGUGGUGGUUGUCUUCAUAUCAGUUUUUUAUUUAUUUUUACAAACAGUUUAAAAACGCUGCUUGUCACAUAGACUCUACUGCGCCGUACGCUUUUGGUCAGUGUUCAAAAGAUAGAACAUCACAGGGACGUCUAAAGCAGCUCUGCAGCCUCCUGAUCUAAACAUACCUCCAUUUUCCUUUUGUACUUCUGCUUAACUAGUGAUUGAAAAUGGGAAUUUAUUUAUUCAAGAGUUUUUAACAAAUUAAUUAUUCUAAUGGGAGAAUCUUCCAGAAAAUCAUACCAAAGAGGGUUUUCUUUUUUGACAUUUGAUGGGGUUAAAUCCUUAUUGGUUAAACAUAAAAAUAGGAGGUGGAGUUGCUUUUCUCAGAGAGCACCUAUUUGCUUUUUUAAUAGCCCCAACACACAAUACGAUUAGCGAACUCUGGUCAAUGAUGCAAUGUUUUGUCAGAUUGAUGAUAUGAGUCAUCAGUGAUAUUAGCAAAGGCACAACAAGACACGCUUUAAAACCAAUUACACAGGCCGUCCCUUUUGGGGUCUAGUGAGCAGAGGGACCAGCACCAAACCAAUAUGUUCACAGGGAAAGCUUGAUUGGCUCAAUAAAAGGGAAGAGGAAAGUGAUUUGUUGGUUUGAAUGUGACUCAAGCCUGCAGGUCUUUUUUGCAUCACCUGAACACCUCUUGAAAAUGGAUGAGCCAGCGCUGGAAACCUUUUGAGAAAAUUGUUUAGUCUAGGACAGCUCAUAGAUUGAGAUGUUGUUUACCAUCACUACUGACCACUGGUACUGCUGGUAAGAUUCAGAAUCGGGGUUAUCAAUGGUGUUAUAUGGUGUUACUGUGUGGGGUCUAAACAUCUGACACUCAAAGGCCUCUUUAGUACAUGCUCCUACUGGAUAUGCACAACUCUGAAUAUGCAGCUAUCUAAUAGGCUGUAUCUUACAUAUUUCUACAGGUUGUAACCAUGAAUCAUACAGUACAAAGGGCCAGGUGAUUUUCCCGAUAAUGUGUCUCAACCUGGAAAUACAUUUUUCCCCACAAUGCCAGGCCUCAACCAGGAACCUUGGGUGUGAACGGGUUAGCUCACAUAGUCAGAGAAACUGACUGGCCCUGGUGUUUGGGCUAAAGGAGGGGAAGGACUGGUUUGUACUGUACUGCAGUAGCUUUAACUGUUUGGUGGGUUACCACAUGUGCAUUGUGCUACAUGAAAUUAAACCUGGGUGAGAGGGAAACCAGCAGAAUGUUACAGAGAGCAGGAAGAUAUUGUAAGUUACACAUGAUUGUUUUGUUGGAUCUUCUGGAAUCGUAUGCUUUUAUUUCAGAGUGUUGUUUUGUCGUGCAAUGUGUAGUUAACGUCUAUCUGGGUGUGAUUUCCACGUUCGAAACAGUCCUCACUGUCAUGUAGGAUCAAUCGUUUUGUUUUUUUAAACUCGCAUUAGGCUCAUUAAAUUAACCCCACCUCUCCCCCGCGAUUGGCUGCAGGUACAAUGGAAAUAAAGAGGAUGCCAACACCCC